AUGACAUCGAGGAAAGGUAAACAUGACUACUCUUUUACAAAUGAGUACUUUGGUCUACGUUUCCCGCACUCUACGUCGGUUAAAGUGGCAAACUGGGAUUCGAGACUCUGCAUAAUAGAAAAUACAAAAUGGCGGGCACACGUGCAUGUCACUAUUAGAGUGAAACGAGCAAACGUUACUACAGCCUAUUAUACCAAUUCAACCUCGACCUUUAGACCUAUUAUACAACUGUUACAUGAUGUUGAACUUAACCCUGGACCAGCAAACAGCUCUAUUAGAAACAAGUCUGAAAAGUCAAAUGGCAAUGUGAAGAUUGCACAUCUUAACGUCCGCUCGCUUAAAUGCCGUGAGCAUUUCGUUCUUGUAAAGGAAACGGUACUGGAAAAUAAGUUUGACAUAUUUACCGUAUCCGAAACAUGGCUCAACAGUUCAGUUACGGAUUUGGAAAUAGAAAUUCCUGGCUAUGUUAUCUACCGUAUCGACCGACAAGCGAAGAUUGGCGGUGGAGUAUGUGCUUAUGUCUCACGAAAUUACAGGACGGAGUACUUGAGCGAUAUAUCUCUUAUCACGGCCUCUGGCUUUCACCAACUGUGGCUAAAAAUCCACGUCAGGAACAUGAAGUCUUUCAUUGUCUGUACAACCUAUAGACCACCGGACGCAUCGUUAUCUUGUUUCGAUUCAGAUCUCACAGAGAACUUUAUUUAUGCCUCGUCGUUCAAUGUUCCAAUUUAUCUAUUGGGAGAUUUGAACUGCAGACUUGAGAAUAGCAACGAUCCUGGAGCGAAUGUCCUUGUUAAUUUCUGCCGUUCCUAUAACUUGUCAAUACUGAUCAACACGCCAACACGAGUUACGGAGACUUCGAAAUCAAUUCUAGAUGUUAUCCUUGCAUCGGACACAAGACAAGUUCAAACGGCUACGGUUAUGGAAAGCUCGAUUAGCGACCAUGACUUGGUUUAUGUCACCUUAAAAUUGAAGAAAGCGCGCGCCAAACCCGUCUAUAUUACAACCAGAAGUUUUAAACACUACAGUCCUGUUGAUUUUAGCAACGACGUAUCACUGGCACCGUGGUCCAUAGUUGAUGUUUUCGACGAUGUCGAGGACAAACUUUAUGCACUUGAUUCGCUAUUUACUGAGAUACUCGACCGCCAUGCCCCAGUUAAAACCUUCAAAGCACGCUGUAAACCAAAUCCAUGCGUAACAGACAACAUCCGGGGAUUGAUGAAGACCAGGGAUGAUUGGCGUAAGAAAGCAAAGAAAACAAAUGAUCCGCUAUCUUGGACUGCCUACAGAUAUUUCAGACAGGAAGUAAAAGGGAAAUCAGAAUUGCUGAACAGGAAUUUGUGGCCCAACAAAUCCAGAGGAAUCCAAAUAACACCAAUAAUAUCUGGAAAGCAAUUCGCCAGUGCAUCCCCUGCAAAUCUACAUCUCAGCGAACAUACAGUAAGAGCGACAAAACUGUUGCAGACGAAUUUAAUCAGUUUUUCGUAUCUGGUCAGAGCACUGUUGACAAAAUUACGUCCCUGGCUAAUGAAUGCAACCUAA